GACAGCAGAAUCCACCGAGAAAUACCCGAGCGUGCACAUACCUUGUGAUUGGGAAAGUCUGCUUACGGCAGAUGUAGACCUACGUGUGGGUCUUCAGAUCAUGGGUUGAAUGCAGCACGUUUGCUGCAUGUGGACAUAACUGAAGUCCCAGACCUCUGUUGAACGUGUUAGGAAAUUGUCCUGACUUUACAAAAGAGUGGUCAGACUUGGAUGAAUAAUCCAGAGGAUUUCCAGCAUUUCCACCGGAGAACCUCAUGAUACUUUGACCGGUGGUCCUGGACUGCUUGGAUGUCCUUGUUUCCGUUGGCGAUCAUAAUUGACAACGUAGGAUCAACUUCAUUUUCCUCCCUAACGUCUCGGGUUAAUUGAAAUCUUCGUCGCCUCUCAAUAUGAAGUCGUUAGGACAGCGUCGACCCAAUGCCAAGGCGCCGUGCCACAUCAACAUAGUGUCGGAUUAUGAUGAGGAACGAGGACCCACUGACUACAGCAGCCCCAAGCCUGCCAGUGCCACCAGUGGCUUCGCCAACUCCUUCCCUCGUAGUUUCCGGUUAGGACGCCCUCUAUCCAUCGAUGAGAGUCGCAUCGCGCGGCGAGGCAGCCUGGGUGGAGCCGGGCUCCUCAGCCAGCAAUUCCCACCGUCGGGGGGAGGGAACACGGGGUACCAUACCAGCACAACCAAUGCGCUGACAUUGGAAUCGUCCAAUCUGCAGCGAGUACGACACCUGCUUGGCCAAUCAGCUCCCUCGUUAUCUGCAAGUUUGAAGGAUCUGAGUCUGUCCCGGAGAGGAAGUUACUGCAGUCGCUCAAGGAGCAGGAAAGACCGGUCACCUCAGAAGAAGCGAUCUGUCUCGCCAGUAUCACAAGUGAGCCCCCUCGAUAGCCCUCGUGUCCCCCCUCAUGGUGCAGCUGCUCAUUUCCCCUUUGCUUCAGUGCGGCAGGCUGACGGUAGAAGAUGGUCAUUGGCUUCGCUGCCAUCCUCUGGCUAUGGAACCAACACGCCAAGCUCAAAUGUUUCAUCCUCCUGUUCCAGCCAGGAGCGACUUCAUCAGCUGCCCUACCAACCCACGGUGGAAGACUUGAACCUCUUGACCCAGCACCUCAGCGGUAGUGAGGGUAAUGUCAUGCUGGACGUAGAGGAAAGUGGCAGACGCUCGCCUAACUUUAGACCUCGCUCUAGAAGCCUCAGCGGAGCAAGCAGCCCUCUGAUGAGUAACUCGGAUAGUGAAUUGAUGAUCAUGAACAGUCUGUACAAGGAACGAUUCCCCAAGGCCAAGGAACAGAUGGAGAAGAAGUUGAAGGAAUUCAUUAACAAGCAUUCCUCGGACCAGAUGGAAGCCAGCGACGCCAUCUACAUGUUCCUAGUGCAUCAUGCCAUCGAGCUGGCUAGGGACUGUCUUGAGAAGUCGCAGGCUGAUCUUCUGUCUCAUGUCUACCUCUCUGAGAUGGCCAAUAAGCUCAAGGUGUUAUCUGAGGAUGCGGAGCGACGGUCUGAUGCUUCGGCCCAGGCCUUUGCUAGAGUAGAGAGGGAACUUCUCAUGAUCAUCGCCAGGCCGGGUAGACUACUAGAAUGCCUGGAAUUUAACCCAGAAGAAUUCUACCACAUCUUGGAAGAGGCUGAAGGUCAAGUCAAGAAUGUUGGCGGGUCAAUCACCACGGAGCUACCCAAGUACAUCAUUGGCCAGUUGGGGUUAACCAGAGACCCGCUGGCUGAUUUCUAUGAUGUCAUGGUGUACGAUGAUCAACAAGGGUCACAACAGCAUCAGCAUCAUCAGGAAGAGGAUGAAGCAGAUGAAACAGGUGACAGGGAGAGAAGACGAAGCAGUUUCAAGGAUCCCGAGGAGAGUGACUUUGAGAAUAUCAAGAUUAUCAGCAAUGGUGCUUAUGGUGCUGUCUACUUAGUCCGAUACAAGCCUACGCAGCAGCGGUUUGCCAUGAAGAAGCUCUGGAAGCACAACCUAGCCCUUCGCAACCAGGUGGAUCAAGUCUUCAAUGAGAGGGAUAUCCUGACGUUUGCUGAGAAUCCGUUCGUGGUCAGCAUGUUCUGCAGCUUUGAAACUAAGAAACACCUGUGCAUGGUCAUGGAGUAUGUGGAGGGAGGGGACGUCGCUACACUCCUGAAAAACAUCGGUCCACUACCCUUUGAAAUGGCCAAGCUUUACUUUGGAGAAGCCAUCUUGGCGGUGGAGUAUCUCCAUAGUUACGGCAUCGUACAUCGUGAUAUCAAGCCAGACAAUUUGCUUAUUACGUCUACUGGCCACAUCAAGCUGACAGAUUUUGGUCUCUCCAAGAUCGGACUCAUGAGCUUGACUACAAAUUUGUAUGAGGGCAGCGUCGACCACGACACCAAACUCUUCAUUGACCAGCAGGUCUGUGGGACGCCACAGUACAUCGCACCGGAAGUCAUCCUGAGACAAGGCUACGGGAAACCAGUCGACUGGUGGUCUAUGGGAGUCGUCCUGUUUGAGUUCUUGGUCGGUUGUCCGCCGUUCUUUGGCGCUACUGCGGAAGAAUUGUUCACCCAAGCUAUCAAUGUUGAGAUUGAUUGGCCGGAGGGAGAAGACGCCUUACCUGACGACGCCCAGGACCUCAUUAUCAAACUCCUCCAGCAGAAUCCAUUCUUUCGUCUUGGCACGGGAGGCAGCCAUGAAGUCAAGGAGCACAUCUUCUUUGCCGGUGUGGACUGGGGCUCCAUGCUCCGACAGAAGGCGGAGUUUAUUCCUCAACUGGAGGGGGAGGACGACACCAGUUACUUUGAUACUCGUUCCGACCGAUACAACCACGAGUUAGAUUCAGAAGAAGACGAAGAAGAAGACACGUUAGAGAUCGGCAACUUCACGACGUUCUCCCCGCGCUACAACCGUUCAUGCAGCAGCGUAUCACAAUCCUCGGAUGACUCAGAGCGUCGGGAACGUUCCCUGAGUGCCCCUAUGCCUAUACCAAGCUUUGGUGCGUCGCCUCCGUUAUCCCAUGACAAGGAGAGCGGGGGACAUUCGUCUGUUCCAGUCAGAAGCAAGAGUGAGAAGUUACCAGCUGGCGAGCAUCCUGUUGUUGUCAGACGACACAGUCACAGGUCUGGUGACCCGAUCAUCAUGGAUUCCCUACAUGCUUCAAAUGAGCUGACACCAGACUACUCCCCACGUACACAUCGCCGACUUGCCCGUAAGCCAGGAUUGAAGGACGUCUUGCCCCGAUUCUCCAUCUCCUUAGAGGAAGAUGGUCCCUCAGGGACAUCAUCAUCCUCUAACGAGCCACAGUCUUCGUCACCUAGCUUGUCUAAAGAUGGAAACAGUAGCUCUGGUAGUCAGGGGAGCUUGACUAGCGUGGAUCAGGCAGGACAACGGCCGGUGAUCAAAUCAGCCUCGUCUGGUACCUUGUCUCUCAUUAUCCCAACAGGUGAUGAGCUUCACGUCCCCUCGCCUCUCAACUCCCCCGGUGAGUCCAGCACAAGCUCCAGGGACGGCACAAGCUCACGAGACGGCUCGCCAUCCCGCGACUUCUCCCCGGCAACAGGACCUCUCAAACCACCCAUCGUCAUUAGGAAGUUCCCACGGCGACGGAGGUAUGGAUUCCAGAUGAGAGCCAUCCGGGUCUACCUGGGAGAGAGUAACGUCUAUACCAUCCAUCACUUGGUCUCGAAUGUGGAGAAGCAGAGCCCAGCGUACGAAGCCGGUCUGAGGCCGAUGGAUCUCAUCACUCACAUCAACAACACCCCAGUGGAAGGUUUGAUCCAUCGCGACAUCCUUGAGCUCAUGUUAAGUGAUGAGAACCAAGUCAUUCUACGCGUUGUUCCGUUAGAGAACACCACCAUUAAGACUGGCAGCCGACGUCACACACUAGCUGGAAGUAAGAUGGCACGACGUCGCAAGAAAUCCAAGCGUCGUGACACCAUCGACAGGAAACGUCGGAGUUCCAUCUAUCGCCGGCCGAGUCUAAGGAAGGGUUCUGCUGAUCAGGUCUCCCCACUGGCACUGUCUGGGGGUCGCGGUAGCAGCAUGGUGACGUAUCGUUCCCCAUCUUCUAACGAGGCUUCCCCGCGAUCACCAACUUUGAUGAAAUCUCCUCGUUCACCGCCGAUAUUCCACCCUCCUCUUGAGGCAUCAGUCAGCUCUCCUAUCAACCUCUCUCAGAGUUCCUCGUCUGGUUCCAGCUGCCCCAAUUCCCCAGCUUCAAUGUCGGCUUCAUAUUCCUCCUCGCGGCCCAGCUCUCUGCAGGGACUUGCUCACAAGCUGCCAAGAGUUUUCCACAAGAGCGGGCAUCGUAGGAAAUCUGUCGGUCACAUCCCUCUGUCCCCCUUGGCUAGGACUCCGAGUUCAUCUCCAAUCCCAACAUCACCGGUUAGGACUCCGAGUCCACUCACUAUCGUCACAAACAUGGGUCAUUCUCCUGGAAGCUCCAACACGACACAGACUUACCCAGCUCAUGGCCUGGCUAGCCCGACCUUAACAGCCCCAAUGAAAGCCAAGCCCAAGAAAUUCAUGCGAGGGAAGAAUCUGGAUACUCCUCCUUCACCGCUGCUGCGUCGAGCGCUGUCUCCAGAACACGAGAGACCAAUGACGGACUUCUUUGCCAUCCAGCCUAGACAUCGAGCUGACUCGGGAACAGACUGCGUACCGAUCCCAGAUAUCAUUGAAGUCUCAGAAAAAGUCAAGGUACCAGACCAGCCCAAGGAUGACAACGUUAAAACUGACAAAUCAAAAGUUGACACUACAAUUGCAGAGAAAGGCAAACAGGAAGUCAAAGAGAAGCCAGAAAAAGGCAAGAGCACCGAAGCAGUCGCUGUCGAACCUACAAAAGCGGAAAAAUCCAAAGGAGAAAAAUCCAAGUCGGAGAAAACAAAAUCCAAGUCUGAAGAUGGUCCUGCUCCUGAGAAGUCUAAAACCAAGCAGGAGAAAGGCAAGUUAGAUCGGAGCAAAACGGAAGAUAAUUUGAUGUCUGACAAGUCACGGCAAGACAAGGGCAAACAGGAGAAGACCAAAGUAGAGAAGAGCAAAUGGGACAAGUCGAAAUCCGACAAAAAAUCCAAAGACUCUGGUCGUUCGUCUUCAAAAGGAAAAUAGAACAGAAAAUUUUUUUUCGUUUCCAUAUUGCUUUUCUUUUUUGCCUGCGUGUUUUAAAUGGUGGAAAAAAAAUCUUAAAAAGCGCAUGUGUAUGAUGAAAUAAAAGUGGCAAUUUUCAUAAAUAGAGAUAUAUUUAAUCGCAUUCAACAUUCCUAGCCUUAAUGUAUGUGUAAUGUUUUGUGUAAAUUUAAUGUUGUGGUUACUGCCUGUACAGAAAUAUCUAUCAGAAUUCUAAAAUUGUAAAUAGUGUUAUUGCUAGUAUUGACGCUGCGACGAUAGCUUUAAUAGUGGCCUGUCAGUUAAAAAUAAAAAAGUGAAGUUAAAAACCAAAAAUGGAUUUUGUCACUCGUGACCUCCUCAAAAUCAGAUUUUGUAUUUUAGGCCAGUCUCAAUUAUUUUAGUUAUUUGAACGGCCUUAGUUUCGGCCUGACCCUCCCACCACAACUGUUGCGCCCUCUUUUGGCAGAAGAAACAUGUUUUGACUGCCAGUUCCCUGAUUUGAAUUUGAAUAAUUGACUGGAUUGCAGCUGAGAGAGGAGGAACGCGGUACUCUCCUUUUUUGCGUGAUGAGUUUGUUUGCAAAAAAAACUUUGUGGGCAAAAGUUCCAGAGGAAUGUCAAGUUUGCAUUGUUCCAAGUGCAUCAUGUAUCCAAAAAUUUGCAUGAAUUUCAUUAAACGGUUGUCUACAAAAGAAAGAAAAAAAGACAAAAUAUCAAAUUAAUCAGGGUGCAUUUGUGUAAAUACAAAAUGUGUAUAUAUUAUCUAUUAUAAGUACUCAAAGUAUUGAUAUGUUUACAGUUUAUUGAUCGAAUUGGCGUUAAUAAUUAAUCGAAUAUUUAUUAAUGGAAUGAAAUCUGAUAUGGUCAGUUUAAGUUUGAUUUGUGGAAAAUUCUUUUCUUAAUCUCUAUACAUCCACUUUAUUUGUAACCUGUGCACUUUUUAAUAUAUCUAUCCUGCACUGGCUAGUUUAUCAUAAAAUAGUCCGGUACCCUAUGAGGUUCGGACCCAUGUGAUAGUGUUAUUUACUUUACGACUGGGAAACUAGACAAGAAUGGAGGCAAGUUCAAAAUAUCCAAUGGCAUAGUGUUUACAUAGCACUGGUUCCCGAGCAUUUUCCCUUCAAUUUACAUAGAAAGAUUUGGUCACCACUGACACCUAAUCAUACCGUUCAAGAAGGAGCACUUUUGUCAGCAAUUGUCCAAUUAAAAUUGUAAUUUAAUCAAACAAUUGUAAACUUUAAGUUUUGCACUUGUAAGACUUGUAAGUAACGCUGGCUAAAUAACAUUGAUCUUUGUUUAGUUUACAUACAUGUAUAUGCAUGCGCUCGAUGUAUAGAAUAAUGUCCUUUCAUUAUUUUUCCCAUGCUAAGAACAAUCACUUUCAAAACAAUUGUCCAAAUAUUUGCCUGUAAUUUGCAUUUAUGAAUAUGCAGUGUGCACUGCCAUCUACACGUGCUCACUUUUAAUCUUAAUAUUCAUAAAAUGUCCGAGAUUCAAAUUGAUUUGAACUGCCCUGUCUUGUUUCAGUAAAAGUUUGGUCCGUGUAAUAAUUAUCUUCAUGUUGUAAGCAAAAAUGUCAGAAUGGUGUCGUUGGGUUACCAGCUAGAAAUGCACAAAGUAAUCAAUGAACUCAAAUUUGUUGGUACCCUGCCAUUGUGAAUAUAUGCGUAGUAAGCACAACCUCGUAUCCAUGUGGCCUUAUAUUGCUAUUUUAUUCUGCUCAAUUGUCAGUUUUCUUGUUUUGUUUUUCGUGUGUGUGACAGCUUUCAAAAAAGCUUUUGUAAAUAAGUAUACAGAAUGUUAUUACUUUUGUGAUUUCUAGAUUUGUUUUAUUCCUCAAUAUGAUUUAAGACAUUUUAACGAAAACGGGUUGAAGUGGAAAUAGCACAAAUUGUUAUCACAGAAGAUUGAUUUAGUGAGGAGGUAGAUAAUUCUUCUUUGCAAAGAAAGGUACUUCUCAAUUCACUUCAUUUGGUCACCGCUGAUUAACAGACAUCCGUAAAGAAACUUGUAAAACCUCCUUGAAAGUUUUAAGGUGGAUGCAGGCCGGGGGGGGGGGGGGGGGGGGGGGGGCUUCUUAGUUCCUGCUUUGCCCUUCGCCUUGUACCAUUAUCACUAUCGGUGAAUAUGGAAGAAACAAAAAAUUGGUUUUGGAUAUUAUCAAACAGAAGUCCGGUGAAAAUGAGUUUUGUAUAAUUUGCUCUGUAUUGAUAUAAAGGUCAGUUUAAUUAAAAAUGUAAAAAAAAAACCCAUAUUUUUUGGGGGGUGACAUGUAGUGGAGAUUUUGGUGAAUGCAAUUAGAAACCAUCUUAUUGAAUACUGGGCAUCUUGUUUUCUUCUGAAGUUGGCAUGAACCAGACACUGUAGUACUACGAGUUAUGUUAGGUCGUCUCAACAAUUGAAAUAUUCUGCAAGAUGGCUGUUGCUAAAAACUGUAACCAACCCGCAGGUGUCGUGGUUCAAUCUGCUAAAACGUUGUUCUGUGUCUAGCGGUCGCAAGUACUGUAUCCUUAACUCAGCCUUCCAACAUAUGAAGGUUACACUAUAACCUCCCCAGUUUUCCCUCCCCCUCCCCUCCCCCCCACCCCUCCCUCCCUACCUCUCCCUCCUAAAUGAACUGUACCUUUACCAGUUACCUAUUGGACUGUAUUUCAAACCAAUCUACUGUAAAAAUGGUUCUAUAUGACAAUUUUUAAUCCUUAGAUUUGUACAUAUACUUACGUGGUGCGAUUGCAUUGGGUUGUAUUGGGUUGUUUAUUUUGCUGCUCAGCAUUUUGCUUUGUAUAAACUAUUUGGAUGUAAAUCUUAAUUAUUAUUAUGCAUUUUGUAUAUGACUGUUAAAUAAAAGAAAGCAUUGAUCCGUAUGGCUAUAAAA